CCUACAGCAGCAGCUAAUAGGCGUAGUAAGCACAACUUUGACAGUGUCGUGAAUAUUCCCUCCGGUUUCACAGAUUAAAUGUUUCACAAGAGCAGCUGAGGUGCACACUUUCCACUUAUCACUUGCCAGUGAGGAACAUGAAGAACACGUCUUUCUGGCGGCUAGAGAAGCGGAGCUCCAACAAAACGGAUCAUGGGACGUCUUGCCCGAGCAGUGCCAAGACACACUUUCCCACUUCCAAAUCAGACAACUACAAAGCCAUGGUCUCGAUGAACAAUUCUUCGGAUGUUUACAAUUACAAGACACUGGCUUACUCCGGAGGAACGUUGCCGAGAAACCGCAGAAAGGGGGGGUCGCAGAUGUGGAACUCCAUGACGCGCUCACCUGAGCAACACAGGAAAGUCAUUGUUUUGGAGAAGGAAGAUGAGGAGGCGUUCGGCUUUGAGAUCCAGACCUAUGGUCUCCAUCAGGCAGACGAGACGUCGGUGGAGAUGUGCACAUUCAUCUGUAAAGUCUGUGCUGGCAGCCCUGCCCAUCGAGCUGGCCUCAGAGUUGGCGACACCAUCUCAGGUGUCAACGAGGCCAGCGUAGAUGGGUUUCGACAUAAGGAAAUUGUUCAGCUGAUAAGGUCCUCUGGAAACACCAUCAGGUUGGAGACGGUAUACAGUGACUCCUUAAGGAAGGCUGAACUCGAGACCAGACUGCAGUAUCUACGGCAAACCCUGCAGGAAAAGUGGGAUGAAUAUGAGUCUCUUAUGAAACAGGAGCAGAAGCUUCUGCAUGGCAUCCUAAUGAGCGACGAGGCGAUCUCUGAGUCCAAGGCCUUGGCGUGUUUCAACGUGGGCAACCCCAGCCCCGUGCCCAGCCCCGCCCCGCACCAAGCCCACCACCCCGCCCACGUCCCCAGUGGCAGUAGCAGGAGCGCUAGCAACAUUAGCGCUGCAACGGCAGAUAGCGCGCACAACCACGCCAACCCGUCUCCUAGCAACCGCACCAACGGCAGGUCCACAGAGGAGCGGCCACCGGGGGGCACCCACAGGGCUAGCGGCCUCUUCGCCACCGCCAAGACCAACCUCACCCGCAGUGCCAGUACCCGCAGCUACCUGAGGGGGGCAGCAGGGCACGGCGGGUCGGAGAAGCAGGGCGGCGCCAGCCAGGGUCUCUACGGCUCCCUGCCACGGAGGGCCAAACAGAACAGUUUAUGCAGACAUCUGCUCAGGUUCAUUCCAGGACUCAACCGGCCCCUGGAGGAGGAUGAGAACAAGCUGUGACAAUCAGACUAAAUCUUACCUCAUCCCAAAUCUUACCACCUCUCAAAUCUUUAACACAGCCAAAAUCUCCAGACCAUCCUCAAUUUUGCCUUUUCUCGAAUCUCAUCCCAUCCCAUAUUUUACCUCUUUCCAGAUCUCACCCCAUAGCUUGCUCCAUAUCCAACCCUAUUCCAAAUCUCGCCUUGGUCUGUAUCCAACCCCAUCGCAAAUCUUACCCCAUCUCACAUCUUAGCACUUCCCAAAUCUCACCCCAUCUCAAAUCUUAGCCCAUCCCAAAUCUCCCCCCAUAUCAAGUCUUACCCCACCCCUAAUCUCAUCCCGUCUCAAAUUUUAGCACAUCCCAAACCAUACCUCCUUCCAUAUCCAAACCCAUUUCACGUCCCAUUCCUAAACACACCCCUUCCUUAUAGUUAUAGGUUCCCUAUAGUGACCUCUUUGAGCCCAACAAGGGUUUGCAAAAUUACUUUUGUGCUGUACAUGCCUUUUUCAUCCUUUAAAGCAGGUAUUUAUUUAUUCUGUCUUUUUGUAAAGAUCUUUUUUUCUUUUGUAAAAAAAAAAAAAAAAAUACCAGCUGAUCAUCUGUUCUUGUAAUGGUAACCUUGUUAUGAGAUCCUGAGUGAACAUUAAAAUGGAUCAGUGGGAAUUUUUUUAUCUGGCAUUCA